AUGCCACCUACUUGCUCAGCUCCCUGGGAUUGCAAGCCCUCCCCUCCCCCUCUAGGCUUGCCUUAUGCUUUCCUCAAGCUGGGGACUCCGAAUGUGACGUUCUUGGUGGCGUUGGACACCGGCAGUGAUCUCUUCUGGGUGGCCUGUGAUUGCCACCAGUGCGCCGUCGCCAAAUUCGAUAACUUCGAGUUCGACAUAUAUAGCACCAGUAAUUCAUCAACAAGCCAAAAGAUCACCUGCAAUAACAGCUUAUGCGACAACCAAAAUGCAUGCACUGCAGAAACCAGCAGUUGCCCUAACAUUGUCCAAUACUUAUCUGCUAAUACUUCAACUUCUGGAGUCUUAGUUGAGGAUGUACCGUACCUGAUGACAGAGGAUGAGACUCCUCGAAUUGUUGAAGCACCAAUCGCUGGUGCAUUUCUAGAUGGUCCAGCUCAAUCCUUCUCCAUGUGCUUUGGAGAUGAUGGUCUUGGUAGAAUCAACAUUGGAGACAAAGGCAGCUGGGAUCAACAAGAAGCUGCAUUCAUCAUCAACAAAGCACACACCCAUCUUUCAAAAUCAACAUAA